AGUGCGGACCCGGGGGCGGGGCGGCGUGGGGAGGGGGUGGAGUCUGCGUUGGGGGCGGGGCCUGCGGCGUCUGGUAUCCUAGCAACGGCCGGUGCUGACAUGACCGCUAGGUCCUCCCGGAGCUGUUGGGUGGCCUGGAACCUCAGCCUCCGAAAUGGAGUCGAGAGUGUUCGGCACAGGCGGUCCCUUUCCGGCGGAGGGCGACAAGCUGACCCUAGACGUGGACCUGUAUGACACAGACGUCAGUGACGCCCCUGACCCAGGACUACUCAAGGAAAGGAAUGGUGGGGCUGGCUGGCCUGGCCCCACGGGUGCCCUGCUCCCAGAGCUGACCUCAGGCUCGCCUCCGUCCCUGAGGAGGCCCCGGCCCCCGGGAAGCCCCCUGACCCAGCAGGGCCCUUGGAGCUGUUUUCCAGGCUGCUCACGACCUCCAGGGUUGGGGACACAAGACCAUGCCGUGACGGUGCUUUGCUGUCCACACGCAGAGUCACAGUUAUCAGAGACGGUGCAGUUCCUGUGGAAUUUUACCACUAGCGCAGUGUGGCUCAACAUGACCCCACGCGCCCGCGCCCGCCAGCUGUGGCUACUCCUGCGCACUGGUCUCCACGACAUAGUGGAAAAGGAGAAGAAAGCCGAGCUGUGCGUGGAGUGCUUGACACACGGGCUGGAGCCCCUGCGCCGCCUGGACAUGGCAGCCGGGGUGCGCUCGGUGGCACAGGACCCGCUGGGUGGACGCCUGGUGGUCCUGGACGGCGCGGGCAGCCUGCACCUGCACAGAGAGGACGGCUGGGCACGUGAGAAGCUGCGGGCCCCCGCGGAGAUCACGGGCCUGGUGGCUAUGCCAGGCCAGCUGGGCCAUGUAGGCCGCUUUGUGGGCUGGGGCCCCUCGGGGCUGGCUAUUCUAGGGCCCGACCUCAGCCUGCUGUGGCAGAGCAAGCCCGAGGUGGGCAGGGCGGGAAGCCUUGAGCCCACCUGCUGCCUGCCAGUGCCUGACUCGGGGCUGCUGGUUGUGGCCCAGGCAGGCGGCGGCCUGGAGCUCUGGAAGUUCCGCUCAGGUGGUCGCCGCCUGGUGCCGCGCGGGCCUCUCCUGCAGCCGCCGCGGAGCGUCGCGGGCGCGCUCACGCGUCUGGCCCUAGGGGGCGCGCGGUCCUACUGCCUCCCACGCUGCUGCGCGGCCUAUGGCUCCGCGGUGCUCACCCUCGAUCUGCGCAGCUGGGCUCUUGUAGACGUGCGCCGGGACCUGCACAAAACCACCAUCUCGGAUCUGGCGUACUGCGAAGAGGUGAAGGCCAUGGUGACGGCUUCCCGGGACAGCACGGUGAAGGUGUGGGAGGCCGACUGGCAGAUCCGGACCGUGUUCGUGGGCCACACAGGUCCGGUGACGGCUCUGGCGGUUCUCCCGAACACGGCCCUGGUACUGUCGGCCUCACAGGACGGGACCCUGCGCACGUGGGACCUGCAGGCGGUGGCGCAGGUGGGCGAGGUGGCGCUGUGCAGUUGGGGCCGUGACGUGCCGUUGGGGCGUGUGAGCAGCCUGCUAGCGCCUGCGAGCCCCGGCUGGCCAGUGUUGUCGCUGAGCGCGGGCGGCGUUGAGCUGUGGCGCGUGCGCGAGCUCUACUCGCAGCUGGCGCAGCUGCCCGCGCCGGUGCUCCACCUGCAGGUGGCGCCGGCUCUGUCCGCACAUCCGCACCCGCCGCUACCCGCACGCCUCGUGUGUGCGUGUGCCGACGGCUCGGUCUGCCUGGUGUCGGCCAUCACUGGGCGCACGGUGAGCGCGCUGCUGCUCGGGCCGGAAGACUGCGCUGCCGCUGUGGCCUACUGCCUGCCGCGCGAAGCGCUGUGGCUGCUGACGCGAGCCGGGCACCUAGUGCGAGCCAACGCGGCACGCUGCCCCAUGAGAGUCCUUCAUCGCGUGCGCCCGCCGCCGGCCCCCGCGCCGCGGCCCUGCUGCCUACACCUCUAUAGCCACCUCACUGACCCCGGGAGUGCGCGCGAAUCCUGGGAGGUCGUGCGCGAGCACGGGGGCGAGCUGCACCGCAGCGACACGGCUUGGGCCCUGAAGGACAAGAACCGGUACCUGCCCGUGGUGGGGCACACGGACGGUGCGCUGUCGGUGCUCGAAUGGCGCUCGUCACGGACUGUCUUCCAUAUGGAGGCCCAUAGCCCGGGCCCUGUCACCGCCAUUGCGUCCACCUGGAACAGCGUCGUGUCUUCGGGCGGAGACCUGACGGUGAAGAUGUGGCGCGUCUUCCCCUACGCGGAGGAGAGCCUGAGCCUGCUGCGCACCAUCUCCUGCUGCCACCCGGUAGUGGCCCUCUGCGUGCUUGGCAAGCGGGUCACGGUGGGCUUCGAGGCCCCGGCCACCGCCACCUAUGGCCUUGUGCAGUUAAACCUAGACGACCACUCGCGCUGUGACCACCGGCCCCAGGACGAUCCCACGGACCACAUCACUGGCCUAUGCUGCUGUCCCACACUCAAGCUCUACGCGUCCUCCAGCCUGGACUGCACCAUCCGCAUCUGGACAGCUGAGAACCGCCUGCUGCGGCUUCUGCAGCUGAACGGCGCCCCCCAGGCCCUGACCUUCUGCAGCAACAGUGGAGACCUGGUGCUGGCACUGGGCUCCCGCCUCUGCCUGGUGCCCCACAGGCUCUACCUGCCCACUUCCUACCUGGUUAAGAAGCUGUUCCGGAAGGCCCCUGAAGUGGUGGAUGACCCUCCACUGCCACUGACCAGCCAGGAGUCGCUGACCUCGGCCCAGCUGCAGAGGCUUGCCAACCUGCACAAGGUAGCCAGCCUCAGUCCGGCCUUGUCUUUCGUCCAUCAGCAGAGGGCAACGCCUCAGCAGCCAGUGUUGAAGGAGGACUUCGAAGCCCUAGCUGCCCGGGACCGAGACCUUCGGAGGCUGAGGCUGGGGCUGGUGGCUCCUGCAGCCCGACCCCCACCCUCCUUGCAGCAGCGCCAGGAAGCCUUUGACAACUACCUGCGUCUGAUCUACGGGCCUGGCCUGGUGGGGGUGCAGUCUGGAAGGGCAUCCCAGCAGUGGAGCGCCAUGGCCCUCUCCAUGGAGAGAGAGACGUGGGACACCAGCACCCUGCCCACAGCUGCCCACAGCCUUCAGUGGGGUGGGGUCUGCACAGAAGGGCGGACGGUGCCAGCAGUCCAGCCCCCAGAGGACCUGGGGACCCUGUGCCAACGAUUGGCCCGCCCUCCCCGGGUCACCUUGCCCAUCCCACCUGUCUCCCGGAAGGUGCACAGCAGGGCAUCGCAGCUGCUGGCCCAGUCCUCACUCAGCUGCAACCUGGGCCUCAGCCUGGACCUGCAGCUGCAGUCAGAGCACCUCCGGGCAGGGGCACAAGUGUCCCUGGAGCCAUCAUCCUCCCACAAGCCGAAAAGGAUCGUGCUGAAGAGGCGCCCCAAGGAGCUUCUCUCUAACCUCAAGGGCUUCUUUCCUGCCACUGUUGAGCCCCUAAACCAGCACCGCCCGCAGCCGGUCCUCGGGCCCGUCCUCUUCCCCGGCUUCGUGCCCAACUCGGUGGUGCUGCAGCGCCUGUGGCUGCAGACAGACAUGGGUGGCCUCGGAGCACUCGCCCAGCGCCCCCCUGAGCGCAACAGACCCAAGCCCGGAACGAGCUGGGACGACUUGUGGGCGUCCAGGGGCAGAAAGUACCGAGCCACGUGGCAGCAGAAACUGCUCGGCUGGCUGCGGGGGAAGCCCAUGGAGGAGCAGGAGGACGAGGAGGAGGAGGAGGCGGCGCUGGACUGGGUCUCGGCCUCCUUGGGCCCGCGGAGUCCACUCUCAGAAGAGCCGCUCGAGCCCUCGGUGCUGGAGCCAGAGGUUCAGAGCUUGGCCUCGGAGUCCCAGGGCUCCGGCUACGCACGCACCUCAGAGGAAAUCUACGCACACACUGGGUUCCGCCACGGGCGCUCGCCCUGGGAAGAGCAGUACGCGCAUCUGCCCAGGUUCCUGCAUUACUUCGUCGGCCAGAACUGGUUCAAAAAGCUGUUCCCCAUCUUCACCCUGGAGGCGUACCCUGAGGUGGGCACGGUGGAGGGCCUGGCCUCGCUGCUCGUGGACCCGCUGAAGGAGGCCUCCUGGGGGGACGGCGUGCACAUCCUGAACGCGCUGCUGAGGCUGCUGCCAGACCUGAGCAGCGACCUCCGCAGCCGCCUUCAGAGUAUCCUCGUGGGCUUGCUCAACCUGGACCCGCCCCCCAGCCCCCAGCCGCGCUCCCCCAGCGCGCCUCCCGCGCAGACCAGCCUGCUCUCCGCCUGCGCUCAGGACCCGACGCAGAAGCAGUUUGUGAUGCUGGCGCUGCAGCUGCUCCUGGCCUGCUCCCUGGAGUCCCGGGACGUGGUGCUGGAGCUCUUGUCCUACUUCCUCUACUCGCCAGCCGAUUGUCAGCCGGAGCUCAAGAAGCUGUUGAGGGCACUGGGCCUUCAGGAUCCGCAGGGCUUCCUGUUCAAGGAGAUGAUGACCUGGGUCCAGGGCUCAGAACGCGACUCCAAGGCCUUGCUGCGUAAUCGCUGCGGCCAGAAGCUGGAGGACAUGAUCCAGAACCUGCAGAUGGAAACCUGGCGGCCGUUUGCAGGCAGGUUGUCGGUGGAACUGCCCAAUGUCUCGGAGCCUUCGGAACUGACCCCCCCCAAAGCGACCCUGUCGCAGGCCUCGCAGGUCUCAGGGCCAGCCUCACGCCUCCGGACGUCUUCGCGCGUCUCCUGGACGUACUCGAGUAUUUCUUCGGCGCCCUCGCGCGUCUCUGAGACGCUGUCGAUGACGACCUUAUCUGCGGGGCUGGACUUGGCAGCUCAGGAGCGGCAGACCGAGCCGGCGCAGCUGCGCACCCGGCGGACCUGGCGGACGCUCUCGGACUCGCUGCAGGCCUUCUGCGCCGUGCCCGAGGCCUUCGUGCGCUCCUCAGCACCCGCCGCGUUGCAAGGCCUGCCGCUGCCGCUCGAGCAGACCGAAUGGUCACACUCGCAGCUGCUGGACCUGGAGUACAUCGACGUGCUCAACUUCUUUUGCGAGCGGCAGCUGGAGCGGCACCAGAGUUCGCUGCCGGAGGAGGCCGAGCCGGAGAGCCCGAGCUCGCGCGCGCCGGUGCCCAACACCGUAGUGCGGCAGCCUCCGGAUCGCCGGUACCAACCCAUACUCCGGCUUCAGGAGUCCAGGGUCCAGACGGCUCGGGUGAACCUGAGGGGCCGGAAGCCGCCCUGGCUCUGUCCAGGCGGCCCCCUGCGUAUGCUGAAGCUUCCGCUGCCGCGGGUAGAGCCACAGCCUUUCCCCCCGGACUGGCCCGCGCCCGCCCGCCCGCGGCCCCCGCUGCUCUUGCAGCCUGCCCUGCAGCGCUACUUUGUGCCCGACGACGCGGACCCUGACGGCUACAGCUGACCUCGGA